UAUCCAAUUCGUGGCGAUUUUUCCACAUUGGUAUUUUUAUUUACUUUCUUAAGUGCAGGAAAAUGAAUUUUAUGCUCUUUUGUUUAUGAAAAUUUCAAAUUUAACGAAAAGGAGAGGGAGUUGUCUGAAGCAAGCUCAAUGUGUUAGAUGGGCCUACGUGCCUGGCGGUUGUCCAUUCAUCGCACUUCCCUCUCUGUGCAAACCAGUUUAAUUUCAUUUAAAUUUCACAUAGGGCUAAAAUAGAAGAUAAAGAUGAUAGAAAACAAAAACCAAAAAACAUGCUCAACAUAUCAGAAUUCAAAAGUAAUUUGUUUCCCUGGCAAAGAAAAUGUAUGUACCACAGGGUACUCAACUGAUAAUUUUUUCCAAGUUGUCUCUCAGUCUCUGACAGUCGAAGACGGAAAUAGUGGAUGGGGCUUAGAGAAGGGCAACAAGCGAAUCAUUACUUGCCAAAAUAUUAGUGAGCUAGACUUUUAUAGUUAAUGUAGUUCUUUGAAACUGAGUUUCCAAAUGUUCUCGCAAAGGGAUUAGUAUAGUGGAAUGAUGGUGAAACUAUUGUGCACUAUGAGCAAAAGGCAUUAAAAUUGGUACAAAUACGGACUAACAUGUGCAGUUUCAAAUAAGAAGGAGAGUCAAAUAUUUCACAUUCUCCAAAUCUCUUUUUUACAGAAAAGAACUUCAAGCUACAAUUUCAUUGUAAUUUCACUAAAUUUUGUCUAAAUCUAGUUACCUAAAGACCAAGGCAUUUAACUUAAAGCAGCAUUACCAGAGCACAUAACCACAAAACAACUAUGACACCUUGUUCAAUACUGACAUGGUUUUAAUUAUAUAAAAUCAAAGCAACACAGUGAGUCUCUUUUUCAGUCACCAUUGCAUCUACAUAGCCCUGUGUAUUUUAACUCCACUCUGACACAUUUGCAUCUUCCCCUGCAUUCUUACUCAGGGUUGCAUCCACAUUUUAUCAGUACUCUUAUUGAUAUCGCAGCCUCGACAAGGUCAAGCCAGUGAGGCAAGUAAAUUCCCGCUACCCUUUUCCAUCCCCAAUCCACUGGUGUAGGGUGACUUUCUCAAUUGGGUAUUCUCUUUUAUGAAAGGGCGGGGCUGGGUGAAACUAGGCAGAAUAGAUAGAUUCAAGAGUUGUGUGGUGUCAAUGGGUUUGAAGCAAAUCUAAUACGACAUCAUCCAUCACAGAUUAACACUAAGGCAGGGUCUUGAUUGAGUUAAGGAAAAAGCGACCAGUUCUGGGGCUAUUGAAUAAAUUGACUCAAUCAUAGCUCAUACGAAUAAGAACUUAGGGUACUUUGAUAUCCUUUCAGCCGGUAAAAACAAUAAAGAAAGUGUUCACUUAAUGUCACAAUAACUUUUGCUGAAUUCCUUACUUUAUAUCCUGAAGUAAAGAGGAAGUAACUGGAAACAACUACACAUGAAACUUUAAUGCAAAAUGCUGACAGAGAAUGUUGAAAAUAUUCACAUAGUGCUUUACAUGAAGCUAUGAAUAUUUUGUGGGAUGAAUUCCAAGCCUUUUUUCCAAAGGCAGCAUAGAAGAAAGUGAGCACAGAGCUGCACGUAAUGGUGUUUGAAUAGUGCAGAAAAAUAGGCCAAUAUACUUGAAUACACUAGGCAACUUGAAAGGGAAUUCUUAAGCCUAUUUAAAUUUACUACAUAAUAAAAUACAAUUUGCAAACCUCCCUUACAUACAAACGAUUGUAAAAUUGGCCUACCUACGCGAGAGCACACAGCUAAACCAUCCCAAGCUACUGAAGGUAGGUUUGCACUGUUCUCAUGGCUGAAUAAGGUUUCAAAGGCUGACUCUCUUGUUUGUGUUGCUUUGAAAAUCUGAAAAAAGGUUCAGACAUCAUUCUUCAAAGACUUCCUCUCGAUGUCUGAUCUGGAAGGCUACUUGCCACUUUACAUUGUGCUAAAUUAGGGAAACUUGUUCUUUUUAAAAUGAUCCUCUAUUUCUUUUGAUGGUCUCUUUAACAAAUUCUUCAUAUGCUUUUUUGCUGAACUCUUUAUUGAUGCCAACAGUUUCUAUAGCUACAUCAUCCAUAACAUAUCUGGUGUUGUUCUGCACUAAGCUAUCUCCAUGAAUCACUGAAUGGUUUGUUGUUGACAUGGUUCAAGAAAUACUUUUGAAAGACAGGGGUUUUCUUAUGAUGAUGAAAGUUUAUUGGUUCUUAUUUUCUCAGACAACUCAAACCCAGCAACAGCAUGGACCAUUUCAGGUCUGCAUACCAUCCAACAGUGCAGAUUUACUCAUCUUCUGUUAAACCUAAAACCUCUCCAUCACCUUUGAUGUCUUAGUUGUACUCCUCCUGACUUUGAUCUAGUCCCAUGCUCGUGAAUGGCUUUUUAGUUCUUGAAUCUACAAAGCAGCUGAUCUCAUUGAAUGCUUGAUACACAUUGGUUUGUUCCUUGAUAAGGUCACUGUAUUUUUUGGAUUUUUGCAUACUGUUCUCAUCAUCUUCAAAUAUGAAGACAAUAUCUGAUUAAGAGGCAGAUCUGUAUAAAUUGAGCUGUUUUAGUGCUGAAAGUGUUUAAUAAUAAUUACAACUGUCAUCGUUAUCAAUUUGUUCAUAUAAAUUCCACUUUGACAUAUAAAUCCCACCGAAAUCAUUCAAAUGGAUAUUCCUCUUUCAUAUCGCCUCUGAGCCUGAGAUGUUAAUGAAUAAUAGGAUUUUUCUUAGACCGCUGCAUGCUAUUAAUGUAGUAAUUUCACAAAGGAUCCUAAAUGCUAAGUUUGUCAUUAAGAUUUUUGUGGAGAUUAUUAAACAAAAGCAGUCCUGUUAGAGAACAGAUGAAAAUUUUCCUUAGUUGUAGACAUAAUUCUUAUCCAAGAAAAUUAUGAAUAUCCUUCGUUUUCAAUAGAAAAUACUCGUUGGCUCUUUUGAUGUGGUGCAAUAGUGCCCCCAUAAUUCUAUCCUUCCUACUGUACUGAGAUUUUGUUUUGCCGAACUGUAAAUGUAUUCUGAGGGCUCUAGUUGGGGAGAUGAAUGAGAUAAAUUCUUAAAAGGAAUGAGGCAUCUCUCCAUCCUGGAGUCAGAACCCAUGUGUAAUAGUGACUCUGUUCCAUGUGCAUGCUCUUUGACUCCAGGAUGGAGGGCCUACUCACUCAAUGAAACAUUCUCUCUUGUCCAGCUCCCCAACGAGCUCAUGUCCUGACAUUAAGGGUGCAUAGAUGCCAGAAAAUCCAUGAACUGUAUAAACAAAGCUUCAUCUUGCUUAUUUACUAGAAAAGUGAGCUUGCCUGCCUGCUUGCUAUAACUUUUUUCUAUUGCUCAGGGACCAUCUAGAUUAUCCUAUGAUCUGACCUUCUAGAUAGAUCCUGUGUGUUAUACGUCAAUUUAUAUUUAGGUAACUUGAUACCUUUAAUUUGUUUAGAAACCAUAAUUGACAACACACAUACACGAUUAUAAUUUGUUCUCAGAAUUUUUGCUGCCCUCUGGCAACUCUUACUGGGGAGGUUGCUGUUAAAUAUAACUUGAUUUUUAUAUAGUUUAAAUGGUACAUUUUUCAUACCCAACGCAUAUGUGCUGUUGGAUAAAGUUGUGCAAAUGCUGUAAGAGAACUUGUUUUUGGUUGUGUUUUUACUCAGUUACCAAUAGCUCAAAGGUACUUUAAGGUUGCAGCUUGUUGUUACAUUUGUUGCAAGUUACUUUAAUAUGUCUCAAUACAUUUCCAUACCCUGUUUUAGUGGAGACUGGUGUUUUUUCUUUCCUUUUAGUUUUUAAAACAGUUAAUUCACGGAGUCCCUCAUAUCUUGUUCGAUUUUCAAGAAACAUCAAUGUCAAUUAAAAUCCUCUUUUUAUGUGGAUCAUCUGUCAGUCUUUGCGCCAAGCUUUCUCGCUUUAAAAUAUACGAGUUUGCUCUCCAUUAUAUAUUAUCUUUCUUCAUCGUUUUUCAAGAUACAUCAAUGCCACUACAAAAUCAUCUUCCUUGCUUUUUAUUGUGCAUUGUCUGCCAGUCUUUGCGCAAAACUUUCUCGUUUUAAAAUAUGCGAGUUCUUUCGCAUUUUGUAUUCUCUCUUUUACAUAAAAUAUCUUCUUGUAAUAUCUUCUUGUUUUUAAAGAAUCCAUCCUCUAGAUAUUAUUUUACGUUUGUUAUAACUACAGACAUGUUUCCUGUCUGUAGUUAUAUCAUUCUAUAACAGUGUCCGCCUUUAGCCUUGUUGGAUUCUUUUAUGUUAAUCGUUCUCGUUUGCUAGCUAUUCGGCUGUUGUGAAAUACACCUUGAUUAUUACGUCAACGCAUCUUACUAAAAUUAUUUGACAACUUUUGUUUGUUUCAUAUCGAAAAAGAAUAUUAUACAAUACUGCAACAGUUUUUUCAUUCUAUCAAUAGCAUCAGAUCCAGUGUUUCUUUUAUGCUGUAAAACGUCAACCUUCGUUUCACGAGCUACAAUUUCCUGUUUCUAGCAUUAUUUUUGAAAUAUUUUUAGACGUAUAAUGCCUAUAGUUAGUCUAUUUAAACAUCUGUUGCAUGCUUUCGCUGAUCUUUGUCUACCUCAAACUCUGUUUGAUUCUCCUAAGUAGUAACUGUCAUUUUUCCCAAAAAGUCAACAUUUGUAUUUGCAUUCAAUCAUUUUCAACGCAUUUGAAAGAUCACGUCUGCUUCUUUGCGGCGCUUAUAUUUUGAAGCCACAGUCAAAACAGUUUGUUCGUAUCAUAGAUGUAUUACCCUUUUGUCCUGAGUUCUUGUUGCAUAACUUUCCAUAGUAAGAGGAUAUUUUAUUACUUAAAUUAUGAAUUAAGUUGUCAUUAUUCUGGUGAAUGUUAGUAGGUGAACAUUCUAUUUCCCUGUUUAAUUAUAAAUGAUGAUUCUGCGUCUUCCUAUAGCCAGCUCUUUCAAACUCGUUUGUCAAAAACAAUCGAUCUGCAAAUGUUUAUAUUCAUUUUAAAUCCUGUUUUUUGCCACUGUAGGCCUCCUUUGUCACCAGUUAAUUGGCAGGCUGACAUUGCCGCAGUAUGCAAUGGGCCAUCUUCAUUAUUUAGACAUGACAGGUGUUCGGCUUUCAACUAGAAUUGUGAUUGUUUAGUAUAAAGAAGCCAAUCGCUCUUCGUGAUCUCUUUGUCAAUCCUCGCUUGGGACAGACAGUUUUUCUUGUUUUGCUUCAUUGACGCAUUAUUUAUAUCAUGUACCGGAUUGAUUUUGUCAGUACAUUGUUACGGGAAGCUUGAUAGAUUGUAUGAAUUUAUCGUAAAGGAGGCUUAGUGUUAGCCCUAUCGCUUUUUCUCUACUUUGUUGCAUCAUGUUGAGAUCUUGGAAGGAAGUAUUGUGAAAUAGGAGCUACACGUGACCGUCAGCAAGAGGAAAACAGCUUCGAAGGAAUUAAUCUGCUUUUGCUGUUGACCGGGUGUUGAUGUUAAUGCAUGCUGGUUUAUCGUCUGGUAUCCGUAAUUUUUGUUUUUGAGAAGCAGCUGCGGCAAGGACAGCGAAUAACUGGCGAGAUUCGAAUUGACACUACUGAUAUGAAAGGACGGGGCGUGUAAACAUCAGAAAAGUCUUUGCAGACCGUGCGUGUUGUUCAAAUGUUUAUGUGGAUGAUUUAAGAGCAGGUCGACUUUGAUUGCUUUCAUGGAAAACAGCGCAAAUUCUCUGCCAUUCAACAUGGAAGGCAAUCGCGCUUCAAACGAAAAUGAAGCCGAUGCCAAACAAGGUAUAUUUGAUUCAACUCAGAGCGAGACGGUGGUCGAUUUUGCUGACGAUGAACCGGUCAGUGCUCCAACCGCAGCUUCGUUAAGCAGUCUGCACAUCCGCUUUGACUCCUUGCUUUCAGAUGCGAAUACCAAAGCGACCGAUGCAGCUGCUAACAUUAAGUCUAAACUUCGAAGUCUGAGCCCUGCAAAACGAAGAUCGGAUUCAGAUGCCAAGGACAAAAGGAAAGGUCACAGAGGCAAGCGAAUAUCACAGAUUAUGUCUGGAGCGUCCUUCAAAUCAAAAUGUGCUCUUUUCAAGAGAAUUUUCAAGGAUCUUCCACUGGAGGAGAUGCUGAUCGUUGAUUAUUCUUGUGCACUUCAAAGAGACAUCCUUGUUCAUGGGCGUGUCUACCUUUCUCAAAAUUGGAUGUGCUUCUAUGCAAAUAUUUUCGGAUGGGAGACCCUCGAAACAAUUAACUGGCAUGAAAUAACUGCAAUUACAAAAGAGAAGACUGCAAGAGUAAUACCCAACGCCAUAAGAAUAAGCACAAGUAGGGACAGGUAUUUCUUCACAUCUUUUGUCUCAAGAGAUAAUUCGUACACUGCCUUGUUCCGAGUUUGGCAAAAUGCACUGUUAGGCCAGGCUGUGGGUCCACUUGAACUACGAAAACUGUGUAGGAGAUUUCGAAAAAGGACUUCAGAUGAUGUAGACGGGGUAGUAGAUGAUAAAGACGAAACUGGGGAUGAAGUCACCGAAAAUGAUAACGAUAAUCCAUCGAUUUCACCCAGUGAUGUUUCCCAAGAUUAUCAAGGAGACCAGGGACAAAAGACAAAGAUUUCGGUUAUUCCACCUACGCCCCCUGUCGGUGUGCAUGAAGAUGACUUAUGGACAGGCGAUUUGGAAACAUCGGACGUCAAUAAAAGCGGCCUACCAGACCCAAAAGAAGACAAUGAUGGCGAGGUCAGUGACGUGUCUUCAAGAUCACCAUCUCCGAUCCUUAGGAGAGCUGAGAACCUUUUAGCGUUUGCGAAGCAAAGAAAAAAGCAAAGGAAAAAAUUAAAGAAAACCUUUUCUCUAUUGCCUGCACCAGAAACGUCGGGACUUGAAGGAUCAGAGAACGAAAAUACUUCUGAAGAUAACGCUGAAACUGAUGACGCUGGCGGUGAAGUGUUUUGCCCUUGCGUGGGAGCCCAUCCAGGAGUAGAGUACUGUGUAGAGGAAUUCGAUUUUGACGUUGAUGCUUUGUUUGAGCAUUGUUUCUCGAGUGAUUCUGACGUCAUGAAACAGAUCCAUGAAAGCAGGAAAAUGCUGAAUGUUCGAUAUCAUGAUUUUACCAAAAACGAAGACGGUAGCUCGGAAAGAUUAUUGACCUACACUUUGACUUUAAACUAUACUAUAGGACCAAAACAUUCGGAGACAAGUGUGAAACAGAUAUUUCAUAAGAACAACACCCCCGGAUCAUUCUAUGUUGUAGAAACAGAGGUAUACAACAAAGGAAUUCCAUAUGCAGAUAGCUUUCACAUCUUUUCACUGUAUUGCCUGACUAGGUUACCAGGAAAUCGUUGCAAAAUGAGGAUUCAUUCAGAAGUCAGAUAUACAAAGUCAAUGAUGGGAAUCGCAAAAAGCAUGAUACAAAGGAACGCCGAUCAGGCAUUCAACGACUAUUUCAAAAAUUUGGCUUUGGUGUUGAGACAGAAGUCCCAGGCCAAACCAAGCGAGCUAAAAAAGAAGAGAAAACGACAGGCCACUGGGAAAGCUACAAGAGAAGAAACAUUUUAUGGCAAAAGUGAAGUUGGAAAGGCAACACCUACUAAAAAAAUUGAAUAUGAUGGAGACCAAGAUGUGCAAACAACUUUCAAGGCUGCCAAUGUUUCAGUAUCUUCAAAUUCACCCCUACCUGGUGGACAAUCUCCAAGAAUAAUAGUUGGUGUUUCAACUUUGCUUAUUCUGCUGUUGCUUGUAAAUAGUUACCUUCUUCAUCGUGUUUACCAAUUGGAAAAAUUUGCAGCAUAUGAACGGAAGCAUAACUGUGUUCCCAAAAAUCUACCAGUAACUGAUGAAAAUUGGUACAAACUCCUGCAGACACAAAGGCAUGCACAUGAACUAGAGGUGAAAAGGUUAAAAGAUGUCAUAGGUGGAACAGUGGUCCUAAUAAAACAGGUAGAAACAUCAAUGAAAGAUCUAUAUGAAGAGCUAGACAGAAAUUUUCAGGAAGAGCUUAAGCCAAACUCAACCUAGAAUUAGAAUAAUUUUUAAAUUCCAUUAGAUUAGAUUUUAAUUGUAUUGAAAAGAGUUAGAGACCAAUUAAUCUCGUUUAAAUGGCCUAUCCCAUUCCUAUCACCCACCUUUAGAAAUACUUCCAAUAUUUAUUACACUUUAUUGUGUGUAUCCAAUCCCCUCUAUGCUUCUGAAAGAAUGAAUUUUCUAGAUUUUGUUAGCUGGUCUACCAAAAUCAAAACGCUAAAUUCCGACAACAUUGAAGCUCUAAGAACCCCACCCUUUUAUUUUUUCAAAUUUGUAUAAAGGUCUAUGUGAUUUUAGAAUGUUACAAAAAUAAGCUAUUUAUAAGAGUAAAAAGGUUUUAAUAUUAGAUACCUUCUAUUGUUUGCUGCAAUUGAUUUUGUUUUUAGAAUACAGACAUGAAUUUCUUUGUAAAAUAGUGCAAAAGAAUAAAAAUUUCAUUCUCAUUCUUACAACACCAUAUCAUAAAUAUUGAGAUUACUUAACAACUUGGAGAUUCUAAAAUCUAUUUGAAUCACUGAAAACUACAAGAAAAAGA